GUUGCCAGGCAACUGUCGCUCUGGUAACUGCAGCAAACCGAGGGGUCAAUACUGGUUCAGGAAAAAUAAGCCAGCGUCGCAUAUAAUGUAAACGGGAAGAAUAGUACAAGUAUGCUGUCUUCAGACUGUUUCUGAACACAUGUAGUACAUUUAUAAUACAGAGAGUCACAGCUGUGUUAACAAUGAAGCUAAGCUCAGAGGACCUGCCAAAAAGAUACAGCGGGAGCAUCCUGGAUAUUAUAUGUCAGCUGCCAGAUUUCUCACAGGACAAGAAGCUGCUUGGAACAUCUGGGGCACCUGAGUAUACUCGUGAUGCUUUACUGGAGAUGGCAGAACAGUAUCUAAAACUGAGGAUUAAGGAAGGAGAUACCACAGCAAACUUUGUUUUGGGACAGCUUUGCUUUGAAGAGGGUUGGUAUGAAGAUGCCUUAUUAUAUUUUGACAAAGUGAAGUUAAAUGACUGUCAAGCUAUGUAUCAAAUAGGAGUAAUGUAUUAUGACGGACUGGGAGUUACAACAGACCAGGUAAAAGGAGUGGAAUACAUGCAAACAGUUUUCACAUCCAGCAGCUCCAAAGCUAAACACCUUAAAUUUGCAGUAGCCUACAAUUUAGGACGAGCAUGUUUUGAAGGGUGUGGAAAGCCUUAUUCAGAUAUUGAAGCAGAACGAUGGUGGCUUCUUGCUGCUGAUAAUGGGAAUCCCAAAGCAAGUGUGAAGGCACAGAGUAUACUGGGAAUGUUUUAUUCAAGACCUCCCACAAGAGAUCUACAAAAGGCUUUUUUCUGGCAUUCAGAAGCUUGUGGUAAUGGAAGUCUAGAGUCACAAGGAGCACUUGGUGUGAUGUAUCUCCAUGGACAUGGAAUCCGGGCAAAUUUACAGUCAGCUGUGGAAUGCCUGAAGCAGGCUGCAGAGAGGGGGAAUGUAUAUGCACAGGGACAUCUGGUUAGCUACUACUACCACAAGAAGCUUUAUACAAUGACCACAGAGCUAGCCAAGAGGGUCGUAUUAUAUGACAAUGUUGAUCAGCUGGCAAAAGAAACAGAUUGUCUUGCUGCAUAUAUAACCAAAGGGAUUGCAAUGGCCACCUUUUAUUUGGCAAGAUGUCUCCAUCUUGGGCUGGGUAUUAAACAAGACAGUGCAGCUGCUAAAAAAUACUAUACAAAGGCAUGCUUUCUGGAUGCUGAUGUGGUUGCAGAACUUUACCUUCAUCUCAUUUAUGGGAAAAUAUAAUCCUUUGGAUUUCAUAUGAGAAACAAUCAUUUCACAGACUAUUAUAUGAAUAAGUAACCACAACACCAUUUUAUAUAUGCAUUCCGUUUGAAAAACAUAAAGAUUAUCCAUUAAUAAACAUUGUUUUGUCAAAAGCAACAGCAAAAAAAGAAGCACGGCACAACAAUGUUCUUCCUUCAAGCACCAGUUCUACGCUUAUGUGCCCCUGGUGUUAUGCAAUAAACUGGUAAAGCUUCUA